CAUCAUCUCAUAAAUAAAAUGGUGAAGCCCUAGCUCAGUUCAUCUGACUUUCUCCACCAGCGUCGCUCGAAAAAACACAACAGCAAAUGGAGAGCGGCGAUGAUUUCCUACCAUUUGCGCCCUCCCAAGAACCUUCCUCACCAGUUCCUCAAAGGAAGCUGAAACGCCUGAAAAAGGCAUCUAGGGUUUCCAGUGACCCUCUUCUCGAUCAAUCAGAAAAUGCGGCUUCGAUUGAAGCAGCGGAAUUCGGCAGUCUUGAAAUCCUGAAUACUGAAGAGAACGACGGUCGACGUGUUGAGGAAUCCAAUUCGGGAUCUGGAUCCCCAUUGGAGGGAUUUGACGAGGAAAGUGAGCUGAAUUAUGGUUUUUCUGGUUUAGAUCUCCAAGAGGAUGAUAGGGUCCCUGAGAAGGAUGCGGAUUUUAGGUCCAUGGAAAAGGAAUUCGAUGAAAAUGGCGAGGGUCAGAGGGAGUCUAUUGAAAUGGGAGAGGAAAAUGGGGAUCUCGGGACAGAGGAUUCUGAGAAGAAACGCCGUCACUUUGACGAAGUAGAGGAGAAGAGAGAGAAGAACAAGAAGAAGCGGGCUAAGAAUAGUCACGAUGAUGAAAAGCUCAAGUCAGGCGCCCCAUCUAAAAGAAAGGCAGAGAAGGAAAGAAGAGACUAUCUCAAUCAGCUCCGAGCAGAAUCUCAGAGACUGUUGCGAGAAACAAGUGACGUUGGAUUUAAACCUGCUCCUCUGGUUACAAAGCCCAUUUCAUCUGUUUUGGAGAAGAUUCGGAAAAGAAAGCUAGAGAUUUCCAGAAGAUCUGUCAUGCUUGAGACAGACUUUGUUCAUGAUGAUGAUACUGAAAACAUCGAGGGAGGAAAUGCUGGGUACGAAAAAGCAGACAUAAAGGAGAUGGUUGGUCAUCCGGAUGAAAUGGAAAACAGUUUAAAUGCCUCGUGUGCAGAUGUAUCAAAGAAUCCUGUAAAUCAGUCGAGUAAUGAAAAUAUACCUUCCCAGAUGGCAUUGGACGAGGAAGCAAACAACACAUUUCGACCUCCCAUUGAUGAUACUCAGGAUCUGACUAUUGAUUCUCAAACAAGUGACUCUCAAGAUGAGCUGCCAAACGUAUCACCUAGCAGUCCUGUCGAGGAAGUCUUGGCACCAUCCGUACUUGUGAUGAACUUAAAGCUUGAUUCUGCGCCUCCUGAUGACGUCUCUUCUGAUGAAGAUGACAAUGACAAAGAAAACAUUGAUCCACGUGCACAUGGAUCAGCUGACAUGACUUCAUCUCCUCGUGGGGAUCCUGUUAAAGCUUUUGUUGAUGAUGAAGCUGAGGAAGAAGAUGACAGUGACAAUGACUUACAAUUCCAGGAUGAUGAAGAAGACGAGAAUGAAGAAGAUGCUGAGGGACUUGCUGAUAUGAUAGCAACUGAAUGUGAAGAAAACACAAUAGAUAACGAAAGACGCAAUCUACUUCAUCAGAAGUGGCUUGAGCAACAGGAUGCUGCUGGAACAAAAAGUCUUUUGCAGAGACUUAAAUGUGGUUUGGAACAAAAAGAAAUGACUUUGCCCUGUGAGGAGGAAGAUGCAAGUGAAGAUGAAGAAGGUUUUAGUGAUGAACCCGAAGAGCAAUUUGUUUCAAAAAGUGUUGUGAGAAUGAAUUUGAGAAAAGCUAAGGAAAUGAUUCCUCAGAUGUUUACCGAUAAGGAUGACGUUUACUUAUCAUCUGACGAUGAGGAUGCAGAAAAAAGUCUGGUCAAACAAUGCCUUUCCGAGAAAGCUGAAAGGAAGGCCUCAUUUUUGUCCCCAGCGGAUGAUGAAAACUCCAGAAAAGUUUUUAGUCUUAUAAAGAAGGUUAAUGUGCCUGACAUCAGGAAGAAAGCCAAAGUGUCAUCCUUUUUAACUAUGCCACUUGUGGGAGGAAACAAGAAUAUAACAUCAAAGUCAUCUUUCCUUGGUCGGGUCUCAAAUCAUUCUCUGUCAUCAUCCCAUAAGCAUGGAUCAAGUUCAGUUCGUUCAUUUAUCUUUGAACGUGAUGACAGCAACAGCAGAAGCACAAUGUCAAUGUUAGAGGAUUCUUCUGAUAUGGUUCAGAGAGAGAACCAUUCAGCAAAAAUUGCUUCAGGCAAAUCUGGUUACUCCCAUGUCAAAUCUAGUACUCAAAACACAGAGAUUGCAACAGAAAAUAAAUCAGGCACUUCAUUAUAUGAAAUAUUGACACGAUCUUCGACGCGUUCUAGCAGCUGCAUUCAGGAGAGUAAGGUUGGGCAAACUGCAUCUGUAUUUUCUGCUUUCAAGUUGAAAAAGGAGCUGAUAAAGCAAGAAACUAAAGUGUCUAUAAGAAAUGUUUAGGAUAAGGAUUCUCAAGUUUGUUUACAGUAUUCUGCAUAAUGUUGCUACGAUGAAUCAAUAUAAAUUGCGCUGUAUUCCUUCAUCCUUUCUAUAUUGAUGUGAGUUGAGUUGGUCUCCCCCUUCAAAAGGAAGAUUUUCAUGGAAAACGAUUUUUUCUGCCAAGUUUGUCCUUGGCAGAUUUGAGCUA